AUGCCGCCAAACAACAGUCAGCUGCCUCGCCCGGACCUCCAGGGUCACCGUCUCUGGUCUGGCCUCUCCGUCAUCUCCAAGCGCUCCUUUCGCUCCUACACCUCAUCCUUCGAGGCCGACGACGAGCGCUCCUCGACCGACGGCGACAUGAGCCCGCCGAGAAGCAGCGACAGCGACAGCGACGACGCGCCCGGCCGGCGCCUCGCCGACGUGGACCGGUACGCGGGCCACGAUGCGCGUCCCACGAGCCGCAAGGAGCUCGGCGGCUGGUACGCGUACUCGUUCGCGGCAGAGACGUACGUGGUUUGCGGCAUCGGCUCCUUCAUCCCCAUCCUGCUCGAGUCGCUCGCACGCGAAAACGGCGUCCUGCUCUCGGACCCCAGCAAGCCGUGCGGCUCCAGCGACAGCAAGGACGAAGAUGACGGGCAGUGCGUCGUCUACGUCCUGGGCGUCGAGAUCAACACGGCAAGCUUCGCCAUGUACACGUUUUCCGUGAGCGUCUUGCUGCAGGCGCUGCUCGUCGUCAGUAUCAGCUGCGCCGCAGAUCACGGCAACUACAGGAAGAAGCUGCUCCUCGCCUUUGCUUGGAUUGGUAGCUUUGCUGUCAUGGCCUACAUCCUCGUUAGCAAAGAAACGUACAUCCUCGGCGCCAUCCUCACCAUCAUCUCAAACACGUCGUUCGGGGCGUCGUUUGUUCUCCUCAAUUCCUUCCUCCCGCUGCUCGUCCGCCACCACCCGGAGGUUUUGGAGGCCCAGGCCAGCAAAUCUUCAGACUUGAAUGGCUCCGGACCCGAGCCACGACGAGCGGACGACUCUACGGACGACUUUGAUUCAUCCCUCGCCAACUCGAGAUCUGGCUUGUUACCCGACGAAGCGGGUGCUGCGUCGGAAUGGCCAUCAAAGCACGCCGUGACGCAAGCAGAGAUCACGUCCAAGGAGCUCGAGCUGUCGACGCGCCUGUCAGCGACGGGCUUGGGAAUCGGCUACAUCGCGGCGCUCACGGUCCAAUGCAUCUCCAUUGGCAUCCUGCUCAGCAUGAAGAACACGACCUGGUCGCAGCGCGUGGUGCUGUUCUUCAUUGGGUCCUGGUGGGCGGUCUUCACGAUCCCCGCUGCAAUGUGGCUCCGGCCGCGCCCCGGGCCGCCGUUGAUGGCCGGCGACCGCAAGGAUCGACUCACGUGGAUAUCCUAUUUCACCUACGCAUGGAAGUCGCUGUUCCGUACGAUUCGACUAGCUCGACGCCUGGCGGACAUCAUGCUGUUCCUUGCGGGCUGGUUCCUGCUGUCAGACGCCAUCGCGACAACGUCAUCGACGGCUAUCCUGUUUGCCAAGACUCAGCUUCACAUGCGGCCGUGGGCGUUGGGCAUGAUCAACGUGAUUGUCACACUGACGGGAGUCUUUGGCGCCUUUGGCUGGUCGUGGAUGUCGCGCGUCUGCGGGCUCAAGGCGCACCAGACCAUCUUGGUGUGCAUCGCUCUCUUUGAGCUGAUUCCGCUGUAUGGACUCAUGGGCUAUCUGCCUUUCGUCCAGAGAUGGGGGGUUCUGGGCCUGCAGCAGCCAUGGGAGAUGUAUCCUCUGGCAGCGAUAUACGGCAUCGUCAUGGGUGGGCUGAGCAGCUACUGCCGGUCACUAUACGGCGAGCUGAUACCGCCGGGGUCAGAAGCCGCCUUCUACGCGCUCUACGCCAUCACGGACAAGGGAUCCAGCGUGUUCGGGCCGACGAUUGUGGGCGCCAUCAUCGACAGGACAGGGAGCAUCCGCCCUGCCUUUUGGUUCCUGGGUGCCCUGGUUGGGUUGCCGGCUCCGCUCAUAUGGUUCAUCAACGUGGAGCGCGGCCGACGACAAGGCCACAAGCUUGCGGAGACGAUUGAAGGGUUCUCGCCGUCGGCGGAGGAGGACACGCAGGACGAGGCAGAGAGGCGCGGGAUGAUGGCUGACUAUGAAGAGGAUGGCUAG